AUGACAAAGUCCGAACCUGAAGUUGAUGAACAAAAACUCCUCGAGUUGAUCCAACAAGAUCCGGGACUACCGCGCGACAACCCCACCGCAUCAUACUGGCAGCACAUUGUCCACAAACUCUCCAAUGUGAAGAGCGCCUCCUUACCCCCAACGACCGAUAUUGCUAUCAUAGGCUCUGGUAUCACCGGCGCAAGCGUCGCAAAGACCCUUCUCGAACAGCAUGGCACGUAUAGAAUCACCCUCUUCGAAGCAAGGACAAUUUGCUCUGGAGCCACCGGCCGCAAUGGGGGUCAGCUCGCGAUCAACGCCGCAGAAAACUACAUUAAGAUGAAGAUGGCGGUUGGGGCAGAGAUGGCGGGUAAAAUCAUCCAAUUCAAUAUCAAAACUUUGGAGGCCAUGCGCGAUAUUGCACAGCGCUUCGCUCAUGCCCAGGAUCCAGAGCUGACGGACGUGGUGAAACUGCGGGCGUUCAAGGACGAGGCGUCUUUUGGUGCGGUUUGUGAGGGGAUCAAGGAGCUUGAGCGGGAUCAUCCUUCUUUGAAAGGAGUCUAUACUGUUCUCGAUGCGGAGUCAUGUGAAAAGGAACAUGGUGUAUUUGGGGCUGUUGGUGGCGUCCUCCACGCAGCAGGGACUGUGUGGCCAUAUCACGUCGUUACGAAUCUUUUGGAUGCGCUCAUGAGCGAGUACGCUUCUCGAUUAGCCAUCGAAACCAACACCCCUGUUACCAAAGUUGACUACAAGCCCUCCACCGACACGCAACACUCGUACAUCCUCCACAGCGCGAGAGGAAGCACCCGAGCGACGCAUGUUGUCUACUGCACCAACGGGUACACCGGCCACCUCCUCCCGAACUUACGAGGAAUCCUAUACCCAAUGAAAGGAACCAUGACGGUGCAAGAUUGGAGUGCAAACCCUCGCCAUCAGAACCGCGGAUCGAAGGCCUCCUGGGCCAUUCACUACCUUCCAUACCUGGACCCGGAAACCGGAGAUGUUGCAGACGGGUUGAUCUACGGGAUGCAAGACACCGGAACAGGCUGGUACUUUUUCGGUGGGGAGAAGUCUCCUGUGGAGGACCUGCUAUCGGCCAACGACACCACCAUUAGCGCGACCUCAGUUCGGUUCCUACAAGAGUCCCUUUCCUCGCUUUUUGACCUGAGCGGUGGCAAGCUGGAUUUCGGUAACAAGGUUGUAAGUUCGUGGUCGGGUAUCAUGGGCUUUUCGUCCGACGGACUUCCACUGGUAGGCCGUUUACCUUUGACGUUGACAAACCGGGAUGGCACUGGGGAGUGGUUCUGUGGUGCGUUCAACGGAUAUGGCAUGCCUUCCGCCUGGCUAGCGGGGGAGAGUCUGGGAUUAAUGAUUGUGGGCAAGUCACCGAGGGCGUACCUGCCAGAGGCGUUCUUGAUCUCAGAAGAGCGGCUUCGGGAGAGGCUUUCUGUGGAGCAGAGUAUGCUCCACCUGGCUGAUCCGUAA